UUUUUACAAUAUCUCCAACCCUCAAGGCUUCAACUAUAUAUAUAUAUACACAUCUCUCAAAUUAUCACAGACAAAAUUAACACACAUUCGCAUCAUUCCUAGAUAGCCAUGGAUUGGUUCUCAUGGCUAUCUAAAACAGGCCUCGAGCCGUCUCUAGUUUACGAGUACGGUCUCGCUUUUGCUCACAAUGAGCUUGAAGAAGAAGACAUACUUUAUUUCAACCAUGAGUUUCUCCAAAGCAUGGGGAUUUCCAUAGCCAAGCACAGGCUAGAAAUCCUCAAGCUUGCUAGAAAGGAGAAGGGAGGAAGACCGCGUUCCUUAUCAAGGCUUCUCGUCGCCAUGAGGAAGACAAAAAGGUGCUUGGCUAACUGCAUCCGCACAUGGAUUCGCCGUGAGGAGUCGGCUCUGGUGCUUGUGCCGAGGCCUAGUUAUGGAACAAGAUGGAAGGGAGCAAUGUUGAAGAGGAACAAAACAUUGACGACGGUAAAACAAGAGAGGUUGUUGCUCACAAAUGGGAGUCCUAUGGUGUUUGCUUCAGGGCCUCUUCGGUUAGAUAGUUUUUCGAGCCCUUUGGGGUAUGAUCUCCGUAAGGAGGAAAAGAUGGACGGCAACGAUGACGGGUACUGGUCCGCCGGUGCUGAAGAGAUCAGGUGGGAUACCAUGUUUCAGGAUUUGAAACCCACCUGAGUUUUCCCUCUCUGUUCUGUUUUUUCCUCUUGUAUUUCGCAUUUGAUCUCUCUUUCUUUUCGUUCUUUUGGGGGGUGUUUGUGGAGUUAAUUCAAUGGUGAGAGAUGGGUUUUUGGGUUCUUCCACCAGAGAGUUUUGGUUGUGUUUCAGAAGAGAGCUGUUUUGUCUUUUUAGAUUAUUUUUUUUUUCAUUAAUGGUGGGAUCAUCCAGAUGACAGACUUUAGCACCCAAGGGUCUGCUUCAGUAAUGAGAUUGUCUCCCCCUGCUUUUGUAUUUUCAAUGACUUUAUUGAAAGAUAGGGGAAAAAAAAAAAAAGAGCACUAGUAUCUUUAA